UGAAAAAGGUCAUGUAUGUCAGUCAGUCGCCUUCUGGACUUUGAACGAGACGAACGUGAUCAUGGGAGCCGAUGCUGUGCCAAUUGCUGUGGUGACGGGCUUUUGGGCCGUCGUGGGCAUCAUUCUGCCCUUUAUUCUCGGCAAGGGACCGAAUAAAGGCGUGAUCCAGACAGUGCUGGUCAUUACGGCAGUUACAUCUUGGCUCUUCUGGUUGCUAUGUUAUUUGCACCAAAUGAAUCCUCUCAUAGGACCGCAGUUACACAACACAACCAUCUUGGCCAUUCGGUAUCUCUGGGAUGGAACCUUGAGCCUUGACGACUUCAACGAAACAACAACAACAGGCACCAUGGAGACAACCACAGCAGCAGCCAUCUAACAGCCAAAACCCAAGGAAGGAGCCGAUAUCCCCCCCCCCCCCCCAACUCCAACCAUCAGGAAAUCAAGCUUGGAAUCCAACAGUGAUUCUCUUUUUGAAGUCUAGGAUUGCUGUUCUAGUUCUCCGGUUUUUCAACUUUGGAUCAUGAUCAUUAUACCAGCACGAAGAUCCACUGGCUCUUUCUCUUUUGUCCCUUUUAGUGCUAAGAUGUGUAAAUGCUAUUUAUAUCAUUACUUAAAGGUGAUGUAUUGCUGUGCGAUGGAGGCCUUAUGAUAUAUAUGUAGUCUUGUGUGUACAUAUUGAAAGAGAGUCACAAUUUUUUUAAAUAAAAUUGUUUCUAAAUGCUAUUGAUAUAAUACUUGUCUUUUUUUUUUUAAACAUCCACUCUUAAGCCUGAAAAUUCUAAAUCUGUAUCCUUUCUUGACUCUCGGUCAUGUCCAUUUGUUAAUAUUGAUGUAUAUACAUAUAAUUUUAGAGGAUGCUUCAUAAACAGCAUUUAUUAAAUGUUACCUCAUUAUCAGCAGCUUAUUGUGUCUCUCUGGUGUCUGUAAAUAAGCAAUUACAACACACCACGAGUCUGUUUAAAUUUUAAAAGCAGUCUGAUAAGAGAUAAUAUAAUGCACAACAUUCCAGUUCUGGCAAGUUGCUUAUUUGAAGAAUAUAUUUUGUAAAAUGGUAUCGGUGUUUUAGUCUUGUUCAUAAUUGUAAAAUACAUGAUGAUUUAUUCA